AUGGGUACUAUUUUGUCCGACCACUCGUUGUUUACAUUUAAAAAAGCGCAAGUGGAAGACGCUAAUCUUUUUCUCUCUUUCCUUUAUUAUUUUUUUUUCUUGUUUUUUUCUUGUUUACUUUUUUUAAAAAAUUUCGUUUCAAAAAAAAUUUCUUUUCUCCCUUCAAAAAAGUUUAUUUUCCGUUUUUUUAGUAUAGUAAAUUUUCAUCAUUUUUUGUUCUAUUUAAACUGA